GUGCCACUUUCAGGUCUCCUCACACUGCUGUUGUGUUCCAUUUUUUGUCAUAGGGUGCUGGCAGAUUACGGGCCUCCCAUUGCUGCUGCCAGGCCCGUAAUCUGCCAUGGGCCCCUGUACCGCCUCCUCAUGCUGCUGCCAGGUCCAGAGUGUCUCAUGGGUCCCUGUACGGCCUCCCAUUGCUGCUGUCUCCAUCGCCACACUCUGCCAUGUGCCACUUUCAGGUCUCCUCACACUGCUGGUGGUUUCCAUUUUUGUCAUAGGGUGCUGUAUGGCCUCCCAUUGCUGCUGCCUCCACCGCCACACUGUGGCUCCACACUCUGGUUUUGGGCCCCGUGACUGCCCAAAUGAGUGAAGUGUGCGGUGAUUCUAAGAUCGACGGCACUCAUCUGCAUGUCAUACUG